GAAAGUAAUGUACACCAAUGCCAUCUUAGAAAGGAGGCCACGGAAGAAGAUUAACGCUACAUACGCCACCAUUUUAUGAGCAUUUCUACUUGUGCAGUUGAAGAGAACACUUAUAUAUGUUACGAGAUUUUUCUAUUUAAUAAAUCAACUUAUUUGAAAAUACGCAAAAUGUCACGUUAUCGUGAAUGGGAUCUUUCGUGUAAAGUUUAUGUUGGUAAUCUAGGAAAUAGUGCUAGUAAACAUGAAAUUGAAAGUGCAUUCAGUAAAUAUGGUCCACUUAGAAAUGUGUGGGUAGCUAGAAACCCACCUGGAUUUGCUUUUGUGGAAUUUGAAGAUCCACGAGAUGCAGAAGAUGCAGUUAGAGGAUUAGAUGGAACACGCUGUUGUGGAACUAGAGUAAGGGUAGAAAUGUCUUCAGGAAGAAGUAGACGUGCAAGUGGUGGACGGAGACCAGGUCCAAGAUACUCCAGGUCCAGAUCUCGCAGUCCUCGAAGGAGAUCACUGGGUCGCUAUCCAAGGUCCUAUUCAAGAAGUCCACGCAGAUCGCCGAUAAGCCGAUAUUCCAGAUUCUACCAGCGUCAGCUCCUAGCUCUGCUCGUCUCCCCGCCACUACUACUACUGCUACUACUACUACUACUACAGCCACCGUGAAAAAAAGUCUAGCAAUCAAAACUGAACAAAAAAAAAAGCCUGCCUGCCCACUAACUUCCCAACCAGUCACCAUCAGUCACCACCAGUCACCGGUAGGAGCCAAGUCGUCCGUCAGUUGACAGUCCGAUGCUGUCCGUCAGUCCGUCAGUCCGUCUGUUCCCCUUCAAAAAGACUUCUUCGGGCUACCUCAACCUCUAGCGGCUAGGAGCAUCGUGAAUCCAUCGAACAGCCAACGCGAUAUGAACAAAUACUUCUGUCAAACUCUCGGCGCGUCAAUCCGUCCGUCCGUCCCAACUUCUACUACUACUACUACUACUACUACUGCUACUACUACUACUCGUCAACCAUCACGUUAAACUUAGCCAACAACGCGACCGCCACUUCUCUUCGACUGAGCAAAGCAAAAUGAUCACCACCUACACACCAUCCCACCACCACCCAAUCAAGUACCACCACCACCAACCACCACUACAUGUUCACAGUUAUCUGGUAUUUCACCGAUUUUCAAAGAUUUUUUAUCUUUUUUUCUUUUCAUUAUUUUUUUUAUUUUUUUUUAUUUUACUUAAAUUUUUUUUAUUUUAUUUUAUUUUUUUUAUAUAUUUUUUUUAUUUUUAUUUAUUUUUUUUUUCUUCUAAUCAAACGGUGUCAUGUUCUCUGUAGUCCAAUGACAAUUUUUGUUAAUUACAUUUUAUUCAAUAGAUUUUUAGCAAACGGAACGCAAGACACUGGUUAAUAUUUAUCUGUAAUUAUUUUAAUAAUAUAUUGGUACACACAUUGGACCAGGGAAUUGCCGCCUGUUGCAUAAUAUAUAUUUUAUCAAGAGAUGUAAUGUAUUUAUUGAGAGUAUCUGUAACAAUUACUUGUAAAGAUUUAAUUUAACUAAAUUAAUCCUACUUUCGUUUAUUGGUUUCUCAGUUAUUGGUGAGAUGUCAUUUUAUAUUAAUUAUUGUGUCUAACUAGUUUUAUCAUCCCUUUAGGCGAAUAGGAGUUAGCCAGUCCUAAUUCUAUUAUGGUUGCCUUGCGAUCAUUUUCGUAUCUAUGUGUUUAACAUACGACAUUCUGUUUCGUCUCAUAUUUAUUAUUCACAUUUUAAUAUAAUCACGUUUAAUUUUAAGACAUGCAUUCGUAUAAUAUUUCAGAGAAAUAUAAAUAUAAAAAUAUAAUUUUUUUUAGAUAAUUCUAAAAAAAUUAAUCACAUCAUAUUUAAGACGAAGUAGAAAGUCGUGUAUUCAUAAAUUGUUUUCUUUAAAAUGAUAUAAAGUAUUUUUUUAAUAUUUUAGGUCAAGGUCCCGUAGUCCGCGCAGGAGAUCUCUGACCCGUAGCCGCAGCCGAGACCGCCGUUCUCGUUCGGAUUCCCGUGACAGACGGUAUUAAUAUUAGCACAAAUUAAAAAGCAAAUUAGAAAAGAAAUUGAAAAAUUAAAAAAAAAACUGAGGUUAAGUUCUAGAAUAUAAAGAAAGUAUAUUUCUUUAACAUGGAAUAAAAAGAUACGUUUCGUGAUCGUAUAUAAGAAGAUAAAAGAAACAAAGAAAGAAAAUAGAAUUAUUUUAAUUAUUAUAUUUUAAACUAAACAAGAUAUUUUUGUUUGGAAUAUCAUUGUAAAAUCUAUAAUAUUAAGUAUCAAAUAAUAUUGGAAUAAUUUAUUUUUUUACGUUUUCUUAUAUUAAAUAUCCUUUUUGCAGUGCAAAAUAAUGAAAUUAAAUUAAUGAUCAAAUGAAUAUUUUCUAAGUAUUUUCUCUAUUUACUUACAGUUAGGUGCUAAAAGUGUUCGAGAGAAUGGACCGACUAAAUGUGGCGGAAAGAAGGCAAAAGAAAACUUUUAUAUGUACAUAAAAAGAUAAUCAUUACUACACAUACAUAUUCGGUCGAAAUAAUGAUUAUAGUAAAAGAAAAAGACAUUUAUAAGAGAUACAAAAAUAACAUGUACACGAUGUUUAAUAUUUAAAUUGUUAAUUUUGUGCACACAAAGCGUGUAUAAAAGUUAAACACACACAAAAAAGUGCUUGUGAACGACCACACAUGCACAAUUUCAUACAUACACAAUUUCAUACAUACACAUAUAUACACAUAAUACAUAUAUUAUGUACAGACGCAUUUUACACAUACAAAAUUUUUGUGAUGUAAACCAUCGAGUGCAGUGGAUCUUUUAACAAGAUGUGCUCAUUGCUUUAGUGUACGAGUGAGAAAAAAAAAUUCCAUUGCAAUUGAGGACAAUUAUAACGUUUAACAUAAUGGUGAAUGUUUAAUUGACGGUAAAAUAUGUCGACUUAGGCCAGAGACGAUUUUGGUGUGAAAUUUUUGAAGGAAUAGAAAACCGUCGUUUUAUGUUGUAUUAAUUAUUUUGUACUCUUAUGAAUUUAAGACUUCAAAAUAAAAAUGUAUGCUAUAAUUUUUUUGGAUUUCCUAUUGCAAAUAACAGUUUAAUGUUUAUUCAUAGGAAUUAAUAAAGUAGUGAAUAUAA